AUGGAUAUGAGAUUGGUAAGUUUGAAGAAAUCCUUUGUUUUCUCUCGACAUACUUUAAAAAAUAUAUAAUUACUAAAAUUAAUUUUUUGCAGAGGGGUGGUUGGAGGAUGCUAUUCUCUCGAUCUUUUACUACUAUACUUAUCGGAAUUUUAUUUGGAUUUACAGCUACGUAAGUUGACAAUUAACGUGAGUUACAUUUUUUGAAAUCUGAAAUAUUUCAGUUACUACUCAACUACACUUAAAUCGCUAACAGAACCAAUUCGAUGUGAUCCUUCUUUUUAUCAAUCAUCAAAAUCAUCUUCAGAAUUUGAUAUAAUUUCACGGAUAGCAGAUCAAGAUGUUUUUACACGUUCACAAAGUUUACCGGGUCAUCGAAGGGGUCUUAUUUUAGUUGCAAUUAUGACUGCUGCCAAGUAUGUUGAUACUCGAGCUUAUAAUGUUUGGAAAACUUGGGCUCAACAUAUUCCGGGAAAAGUAUUGAUAUUUGUUGCUGAAGGAACACAAACAAUUCAUGAAGAUAUGCCAGUUAUUAGAUUGAAAGGUGUUGAUGACACGUAUCCACCACAGAAAAAGAGUUUUGCUAUGGUUAAAUGGUUGGCUGAAAAUAUGGUUCGUAUCUUCUUUUUUCGAAAAAUUUUAAAGUAAUAUUUAUUAUUUAUUAGGCUGAUGAAUAUGAUUGGUUUCUUCGAGCAGAUGAUGAUCUUUAUAUUCGUGGUGAAGAAUUGGCUGCAUUUUUGCGAUCAGUUGAUUCAUCUCGAGCUCAUGUAAUUGGACAAGCUGGUCUUGGAAAUAGUGCAGAAUAUGGACUUCUUGCACUUGGAUCAACUGAUAAUUAUUGUAUGGGUGGACCUGGAAUUGUUAUGAGUCGAGCUACACUUUUGUAAGUGAUUUUUUUGUUUAAAAUUUGUUUCGAAAACAAAUGAUUGAACAUUUCAGAAAAGUAUCACCACAUUUGGAAUCUUGCCUUCAACAUAUGUUGACUUCUCAUGAAGAUGUCGAACUUGGUCGUUGUAUUCGAAAACAUGUUGGUGUUGCUUGCACUUGGAAUUAUGAAAUGCAAAAAUUAUUCCAUAAUAAUCAAUCUGCAAUUAAAGAAUCGUAUGCGAAAAACAUGAAAGAAUUGAAAGAUGCAAUUACUCUUCAUCCAAUAAAAGAUCCAGCUGUUAUGAGAAAAGUGCAUCUUCGAAAUCGCGAAUUCAAACUUCGAGAAUCUCGUGCUCGUCGAGCUGCACUUCAUGAUGAAUUAUCUUUUGCCAAAAAAGCAACAUUGAUUCGAAUGACACCAAAUCGAACAAAUGAUUUAACACCUUGGGAAUAUAUCAAUAACAAUAAGAUUCUUUUCUGUUCAGAUCGUGUUAAUUGUCCACGUCAUACUGUUGAUUUGAGUAUUCGAACUGAAAUGUCUGAUAUUAUUACACAGGUAAGUUAUAAAAUUAGCAUAAAGAUUAUCAAAUUUAUUAUUUUUGCAGCUUUUCGAUGAAUUCAAUUUAAAUGCUCGUCAACGCGGCCGUGUUUUACAAUUUCAAAGUCUUCAAUAUGGUUAUAUGAGAGUAGAACCUACAAAAGGAGUUGAUUAUGUUUUGGAUAUGAUUCUUUGGUUCAAAAAAUUCCGUCCGCCACAUCGAACAACUUUAUCUGUUAGAAGACAUGCUUAUGUUCAACAAACAUUUGGAAAAUUACGAACUUUGCCGGAAAUCACUUUUAGGUAAUUUUUGGAUAUAUGAGAGAAGUUUGGACAGAAACAAAAAAAUUAUAAUUUUAAAUUUUUUUGAAAUUCCUUGGAAAUCUAGAAAAAUUCUUCACGGAAAUUUGCGAAUCUUCUGUUUCAAAUGUACAAAAUUAAAAAAAUUCCAGAUCAAAUAUUCGUGCGAAUUCGUCACUUAUUGAAGAUCCAACAAUUCAUAUGAUAAUGCCACUUCGCGGAAGAGCAGCUAUAUUUUCUCGUUUUGCCGAACAUUUGAAAAGUAUUUGUGCGAGAAGUGGAGAUGAUUUGCAUAUUUCACUCACAAUUGUUCUUUAUUCAAGUGAAGAUGAAGCACAAAAUCGGUAAGAUAUUUUACCUUAAAACUAUGGGAAUACUUCAUUCAGCGACUGAAAUUACAUAACCUGAAACUUGUUACCUUGUGAUCAAUAUUCUAGAAAUCCACAAAUAUUUUUUUUCCAGCGAAACAAUCGAUAUGUUACGUGAAAGUAUGAUUCCGGUUACAUUAAUUGAAAUGGGUGAUAUUGCUUUUUCUCGUGGAAUUGCACUUAUGAAAGGAGCUGCCACUCUUCCACAUAAUUCACUUUUAUUUUUUACUGAUGUUGAUAUGUUAUUCACUUGUGAUGCUUUGAGACGAAUCAAAUUAAACACCAUAUUAAAUGCCCAGGUAUUUUUUAUUUUCUUAAAGUUUCUCAUGUUUAUUCUUAAUUUUUUCAGAUAUAUUUCCCAAUUGUAUUUUCGGAAUUUUCACACGAAAGUUGGUCUGAAAAUGAUAAACUUUUGGCUGAUGCUUUCCACUAUGGAAGAAGACGUGGUUAUUUCCGAAACUUUGGUUAUGGCCUUGCUGCAAUGUAUAAAUCAGAUUUGAUGUCAAUCGGAGGAUUUGACACAAAAAUCGAAGGAUGGGGAAAAGAAGAUGUGGAUCUUUUUGAGAAGGUAAACUUUUUUGGGUUUUCGAAAUUUCAGGGUCGAAAAAUAGUUUUUGAAACAAUUUGCAACUUUUCUAACUGCAAAUUGACAAAAAUUGAAUUUUUAAUAAUAAAUUUGUUCUGUUUUCGGAUCAUUAUAUUUUUGAGCCCUUUUGAAAGCAGCAAUUUUCCUCGAAAUGUCUUUUCAAAAAUUUAUCUUUUUACUGAUGAAUUUUAUAAUUUAUCAGAGUCCCUGAUUUUCUGUAUAAAUCCUUUUUCCAAAAUAAAUUGUAUUUAGGCGAUAAAAUCUGGAAAUCUUCGAGUUAUCCGAACACCCGAACCAGGUUUGGUGCACAUUUAUCAUCCAAUACAUUGCGAUGAAAAUAUGCCUGCGGCACAAAAAGACAUGUGUCAUGGUUCAAAAGCAGCAAGUUUGGCUUCGAUUGAUACGUUGGUAGAUCAAAUUGCUCAAUACACAUAG